AGAAAGGCCAGGGACAGGUUUUUCACGAAAAGUUCCCGCGAAAUGUACGCGUUUCGGUCUUCGGUCUUAUUAGCCUUGGCGGCGUCGCUUAUAUCCGGUUGCUUAUGCGGCGACUGCGAUAAUGAUAAUAAUUUUAUAAGUCCAAAAUCCGCUAACGUUAUGCCACAAGUUGUAACAUACGGGGAGCCAUGUGCCUCUGGUAUAUCAUUGCCGUAUUCCGUUCAGAUUCCAAAGUUGCCUCCUUCUGAGGUAUCGGAACGAGGUCGUAUUUACGAUUACUGCAUUCAAGGGCCAGCUAGUUCAGGUCCAGUUAAUCUGGGAUUCGAAGCACCAAUCAAGAUUGAAACGCCUCAGAUUUCCAGGAGUCUGUCUGAUACUCUUAGAGGAAGGUCAUAUGGUGUAAAUGUUGAAAAACCUCAGCCUAACCUGGGACCUGUCCGACAUUCUUUCAAUUUUGGUAUUCAGAAAUCGGUUCCCAGUCAGCGCCAAUCCAAAGGUUUUGACUACGGCAUUGAGGUUCAACCAGGAAUUGUACCCCAGGAUUACAAUUUUGCUCCUUUGCCAUACGCCGUGCAAACUCCAGUUGAGCAUCGUUCUGCACCUUCGUUCCUCACCGGAUUGACAUCAAAGGUCGACAGGAUACUUUUACCAGCUAGUGAGGUUUACCCAUGCCCACCCGAUGAUGAUGCCCUAUCUAGAAAUAGUGGAUCUUGUUUGCAAUGGUAUUGAGAUCACUAUUAACAUCUGAUGACACGUCCUACUAGUCAGUGUGUCAUUUGAGAAUCAUUAAGUCAAAGAUGCAUGCACUUGUACUUAUAUUAAUUUUAAAAACGUAGGUCAUAGGCCAUCAUUUGUAUUUGAACGAAUCAAUAAAUCAUUGCCACAGCGGUCUCUUUUUGAAUCUAUAA